AUGUCAGAUCCUUUUCGUUAUUACAUCGCUCCCCCUAUUGACUGGUCGGACGACCAGCUGGACACCUUUAGAGCCAUCAUGGAUACAUUUAUCGCCUCACUGACACCCGAAGAGGAGGAAAACUUGGCGAAGAACCUGAGCAAUACUGGGUUGCACAACCGCCAAGACAUUCGUGAGUUUGCCCAGCUAUCUUGCACGUCGCUUGAAACGCUGGAUUCCAUCAAAGCCUUCGUUAACCGAGCGGUGGCCCCCGAGAAGCGUCAGGAGCUCGGUAUGCUUCUGUCUCUCUUGUCCACUCGCGCAGGCACGUUUGCUCUCACCGGCCACUUUACAGAAUUUAAGCUUUUGUCCCGUCAGGAACGAGAAAAGGUUUUCCUCAAUUGGAAAGAUUCAUUCUUGCCGCAGUUACGACUGAUCUACAAAACCUUUUUUGCCAUUACCUGUCAUCCAUCGUAUGGAGCCAAAUCCAGUGUACUACACAGGGGCAUGGGAUAUCCUGGUCUGGAUGUAGCACGUUCGCACCCCGAUUAUAAGCCGUUUAAGGAACAUGAACGUUUACGGAUGAUGUCUCUCGAGGACUUGCAACCUGACCUGGAAUUUGAUGCCAUUGUGAUCGGAAGUGGUGCAGGCGGAGGAGUAACAGCGGCUGAACUUGCCAAAGCCGGUAAAUCUGUCUUGGUGAUCGACAAGGGUACAUACUAUCAUGCUUCCGAACUUGAACUUCAUGAAGCUUCUGCAUUUGCCAACUUGUACGAACACGGCGGCUUCUUUUCAAGUGGCGAAGGCUCCAUCAAUAUAUUGGCCGGAAGCACCUUUGGCGGUGGCACUACUGUUAAUUGGUCGGCAUCUCUGAAGUUACAACAUUUUGUACGCGAAGAAUGGGCUAAGCAAGGGCUGAGUCACUUCCUUUCACCCAAGUUUGCCAAAGACCUGGAUCGAGUCUUUGAACGUAUUGGCGCUAGCACCGAUGGGAUCAAACAUAAUGGUCCUAAUCAGAUUCUCGUUGACGGUUGCAAACAACUUGGAUUCCCGGUAGCCGAUUUGCAUCAAAAUACGGAUGGUCAGGCGCAUGCUUGCAACUGGUGCUUUGCUGGUUGUAAAGACGGUAUCAAGAAUGGUACCGUGAACUCUUGGCUUCGUGACGCGAAUGACCAUGGUGCUAGAUUCCUCGAUCGCACCAAAGUUCUUCGGGUGGUAACUGAAAAAGGCGUGGCGGUCGGUGUGGAAGCCGUUGUCCAGUACAGUCAUCAUGUCACUAUCCGUGCCAAGCAGGUUGUGGUAGCUGGUGGUUCCUUGCAAUCACCAGGGAUACUGUUGCGUAGCGGGUUAACCAACAAAAACAUUGGCCGUCAUCUUCGUUUACAUCCUUGCAGUAUCACUUUUGGUUUUUUUGAUCGCAACAUUGAUAUGUUUGAAGGAUCCAUCAUGACUGCGGUGAGCAAUGUUGCCGAAAAUGUGGAUCAUGAAGGCUACGGUGCCAAGCUGGAGGUUCCUUGUCUGCAUCCUGGCAGCUUUGCAACGGUACUGCCAUGGCGUGGUGCCGCGCAUCAUAAAGAGCUUAUGAUGCGGUACCGCCAAUGCGCUCCAAUUUUGAUCUUGGCUCGCGAUAAGGAUUCUACAGGAGCUGUCCGCUAUGACGAACAUAAUAACUUGAUCGUUGAUUUUGCUCUAUCCACCCAUGACCGUCAAUCCAUUUUGGCCGGUAUUGACCGUUCAUUAUUGGUUCUCGUAGCUGCCGGUGCCCGAGAAUUGCACACUGGCCAAUUUGGCGUAGAGCCUUUCAAAUUCGAACCUGACGAAGAGUCUCGUGUGGACAAUCCUAGAUUCAUGCAGUGGCGUCAAAAGGUUCUCAAAUAUGGUCUUCCUCAGGACGGUGCCGGCGUAUUCUGUGCUCAUCAAAUGGGUACAUGUCGUAUGGGUAUAUCACCCAAGGUAUCGGUCACAAAGCCCACCGGAGAAACGUGGGAAGUCAAGAAUUUGUACGUAUCCGAUGCGUCAUUAUUCCCAUCAGCCAGUGGCGUCAAUCCAAUGGUCACAACUGAAGCAUUGGCUCUUCACGUUGCUGACACCAUCCUAAAGACAUCGGAUACUUCAACUGCCGCAAAACUAUAA